CUCCCAUUCUUCUAUUCACACCAACUUCGAUUGCCGGCGAGCUGCUCGCCUAGAUCAACACCAGCAAGCGCAGCCUCGACACCGUACUACACUGUCAAGCAAAGAGUGAGUAUUCAGGUCGUCCACCAAACGAACCUCUCCCUCUCCUGCGUUCGUUUUCUACUUCUAAUACGCGUAUCACCAAACCUGACCAUCAGCUGCAACAAUGGCGUCCCAGUUCACCACACCCUCGAAGGUCACUUCUCCGGGCUCCCAGUAUUCGGUCUCUGCCUCGGAUGCCGCGACUGUCCCCAACCCUACACCUCUCACAGAAGCGCUUGACAGCGAGGUUGUUGAUCCACCACCCGAGAUCGAUUUCCAUGCUAUGACCAAGAUCCUGGCACCUAUUGCAGAAAGCCUGAACGAAGCAGCCGAGGAAGCGAUGUACCCAACGCCGCCUAUUAACACCCCGGCGGUCACUUCACCAGCAACUUCUGUCGUCUACCGCUACCCUUACACCCGUAGCCGCGGAUUGAGCACCAUUGGCGAUAGACUCGCCCGGGCCAUGGCCGAGGGCCGCAACUUUCACCAUGACUCAGACAUAAUGUCGAACAGUGGCCGCUCCAUUCGUUCUUCUGUCCCAGCGGACGACGAGAGCGACAGCAUGAGCGAUCUGCGCAGCGACGGUGGAAUGGACAGGCACGACAUUCCCAUUGCCCUAGGCUCGCCUCGUAUCAACCCAAUGGGGCUCAUUUCUUUCACGUCCAACGAUCUUGCAGACCGACCUCCUGUGCCUUUCAACAGCACCGACAUCAUUGAGAGCGCUAGCCCAACAGGCAUUGGCUCAGGAAGUCACCACCCUGACAGUGCGAAGAGCUUUGCGACUGGAGUCACCGAGAUGAGCACGUGGAAGGAGGAGGUGGAAGGCCGUUUCGUGCGGGCUCUGAAGUGCCUCGAGAACCUUGCUCACGACGAACACCAGCUUGACCCCAGCAAGCCAAUGGAGCACUACUACGAAGCGCAUCUGAAGCGACUGAUGGGCGGGGCCAACCGAAAGGUUCCUGUCUCCGUCGAACUAGCAAGUAGAACUCAGUAGACCUUGAUAUGGAGAUUUACCAGCAUACGGGCGGUAUCUUCUUG